UCCUUCACUGUGCUUCCCCUUUCACUCUCAGAUGCUGCCAGGGUCCCCGAAGAAGGAAGACCGAGGAAACAGGCUCCUGCCUAGACACAGCACCAUGCAUCUCCUCGGCCCCUCGCUCCUGCUCCUUGAAUACUUGGCCUUCUCUGACUCAGCUGAAUGGAAGUUUGAGCGGCCCCACACUCUCUACAGCUGGGACGGGGCCUGUGUCUGGAUUCCCUGUCAAUACAAAAUUCCAAGGCUUUCAGAGGCGCUGGAAAACCUGACCUUGUACAGCAACUAUGAAUAUGAUGAUGUCACCAAGAACUUCAAGGGUUUCAUUCUCUAUGAGGACAGAAAGCCUUGGAAUUACACUUUUCACCCGAAGAGAGUUCAGAUCCUGGGAGACCGAAGCUCCAACUGCACCAUCUUCAUCAACCCUGUGCUUGAACAAGACAAUGGCCAUCUGGGGCUGAGGUUGAUAACGAAGACUGACAGAUGGAUGGAGAAAAUAGACCUCAACGUCUCUAAGACGCCCCUUUCACCGCACAUUCGGCUCCCUCCAGAAAUCCGGGAGUCCAAGGAAGUCACUCUGACCUGCUUGCUGAAUUUCUCCUGCCCUGGGUAUCAGAUCCGGCUGCAGUGGUCCCUGGAGGAGCCUGGCAUCACCUUGACCAACCUGACCACCCUGACCACCAAGACCGUCUCCACCCAGAGCAAGCUCACCUUCCAGCCGCAUUGGACGCACCACGGCAGGAACCUGACCUGCCAGCUCUGGGAUCACAAAGCAGAGCGGAUCGUCUCCGAGGAGACGGUGCUGCUGGAUGUAAAGCAUGUCCCGAAGUUGAAGAUUGAGGUCAGUCCCGAAGGAGCCAAUGUAACAGAGGGAGAGUCUGUGACCAUGAUGUGCCAGGUCAUCAGCAGCAACCCAGAGUCCCGGAGUAUAUCCUGGUUCAAGGAUGGGACCCGGCUGAGGGAGCAGGAGACAACCACGCUAACUCUGUCCACUGUGACCAGGACGAUGAGUGGAAAGUACCAGUGUGAGGCCUUCAAUGAUCUAGGUUCAGGAUGGUCGGAUGAAGUGGUCCUCCAAGUGUAUUAUGCUCCAGAACCUUCCAGGGUUGAGAUCCUCUCCUCGCCAGCUAAGGAGGGAAAUAAAGUAGAGAUGACUUGUAUGUCAGUGGCCAACCCUCCCCCAACCAAUUACACCUGGUAUCACAAUGAGAUAGAAGUGCCGGGAAGGACAAGCAAGACCUUCCAGAUACUGGAGGUCCUCCUUGAGCAUGCUGGGAAUUAUUCUUGCUUGGCAGAAAACAGACUUGGUCUUGGACAAAUUGGCCAGAAGACUGAGUUAGACGUCCAGUAUGCCCCCAAGGAGGUCACCACGGUGAUUCAAAACCCCAUGCGGAUUCGAGAAGGAGACACUGUGACCCUGUCCUGUAACUACAGUUCCAGUAAUCCCAGAGUUACCCGAUAUGAAUGGGACUUCCAAGGUUUCCGGAGGGAAGAUUCACCCGGGGUGCUGAUAAUUCAAAAAGUUGCCUGGGACACCAUGCCAAUCACCUGUGCAGCCUGUAACCAGUGGUGUUCGUGGGCUCCCUCUGUCAACCUGGAUGUCCAGCAUGCCCCCAAGGAUGUCAGGAUCCUGCAGAUCAGCCCCUCUUCUGAGAUUCACUCCGGGCACCGAGUCCUCCUUGGAUGUAACUUCUCAAGUAGCCGACCCAGAGACGUCCACUUCUUCUGGAAGAAAAAUGGAAUCUUUCUGAAGGAAGGAAAAGAACUGGGCUUUGACUCCAUCUCUCCAGAAGAUGCUGGCAGUUACAACUGCUUCGUCAAGAACUCCAUAGGACAGACCAUGUCUGAGGCCAGGAUGCUCCGGGUGCUGUAUGCACCCAGGAAGCUGCGUGUGGCCAUCAGCCCAAAGGAGCAAGUGAUGGAGGGGAAGAAGGCAGUCCUGACAUGUGAGAGCGAUGCCAACCCUCCCAUCUUCCAGUACACCUGGUUUGACUGGAAUAACCAAAACCUCCACCAUUAUGAUCAGAUGCUGCGCCUGGAUCCCGUGAAGAUCCAGCACUCAGGCGCCUAUUGGUGCGAGGCGGCCAACCAGCUGGGCAGGGCCCAGUCGCCCCCCAGCACCCUCACCGUCUACUACAGCCCGGAGACCAUCGGCAGGCGAGUGGCCGUGGGAGUGGGUUUCUGCCUGGCCACCCUCCUCCUGGUGUUCUGGGGAGUCAAGCUUCAGCGAAGCUGGAAGAGGAUACGAAGCCAGCAGGGGCUCCAGGAAAGUUCCAGUGGGCAGAGCUUCUUUGUGAGGAAGCAAAAGGUUAGAAGGGCCCCGCUCUCCGAAGACCCCCACUCCCUGGGGUGCUACAAUCCGGUGAUGGAAGAUGCCAUCAGUUACGCCACUUUGCGCUUUCCUCUUGGCGAGACUGACACACCAAGACCUGGAGAUGCAGGGACCCUGGAGACAGAGGGACCUUCUCCAAACAGGGACGACACGGUCACUUACUCUGUCUUGCAGAAGCGUCGAGUGGGCGACUAUGAGAACGUGCUUCCGGCCAGUCCAGAAGAUGAGGGGAUACAUUACUCGGAGCUGGUUCAUCUUGGGGUGGGGGAGCGGCCUCCAGCCCAGGAUGCGGUGGAAUACGUGACCCUCAAGCACUGACCGGCCUAACCCCCUGGAGCAGAGGCACCGGGCGAGGGACUGCGGGGGCUGGCGGGUCGCGGAGCUUGCCCAGCCCCUGCUGCUCGCUCAGCUGCAAAGCCACACAGUCUCCCCUCCACAUCCAUGCACACACACACACACAAGCACACACACGCACACCAUCCCUGAAGCCCCAGUCGGGGCACAGAACUUCGAAUGUGGCCCAGAGAUAGCCUUCCUUCUCAGCACUGGUAAGCCUGACCUUCCCAAAGGCCUGCUCCCCGUCCGCUCUCCUUCUCACUGGGAAAGGCGUCUAAACACCAACCCAGCAACUCACACAUCCCCCUACCCCUCCCUGGCACCUGCCACUGCUCACCAGCUCUCAAACCCUGUUCCCAGCAGGCCAGCGCCCCAUCUUGUUACUGUAUUUUUUUUUCUUUCCCCCUCCAUCCCUUUGGCUCCCUCACCCCUGCUCUGAAAGCCCCACGCACUCGUCCUGUGCCUAAUUUCUGCCUCUGGAGCAAAGCGCAGGGAGAGAGGGGCUGUCCUGCGCUGGGUUCUCCUCCACUCGUCAGCGAGGGGAAUAUUCCAUUGUUGCUGCUGCCCCUCCCCUCGGGGGUCUUGUGGGCUGAGACACACUGGUGUGGACAGACGUGUAGCACACACAGAGCUGCACAAUAAAAAUGGCUCAGAUAUCAUUUCAAA